AUGAGUGCCCGGACGCGCCGCCAAAAAGCUGCACUGAACGUCCCCACCGACGACAGUGAAGACCUCUCCACCCACAAUGGCCACCUCGAGACUUCCUCGUCCCCUUCCAAGACCACUAAACGUGCGGCCUCGAAGAAGAGAUCGCGAUCCGCCGCGAGAGAAGAAGAAGAAAACGAUGAAAACAUCUUCCUCUUCGCGCCGAACCUUAUAGGAUAUUUCCGUGUCGUCCUCGCCUUUGCAUCCCUCUACUAUAUGCCUCUUCACCCUCGAACCUGUUCUCUUCUGUACAGUGUUUCAUGUUUGUUGGACGCACUGGACGGAUAUGCGGCGCGUUAUUUCAAUCAAUCCACCACCUUCGGGGCAGUGCUGGACAUGGUAACGGAUCGGUGCACCACUUCUUGCUUGCUGGUCUUUCUGAGCUCCGCCUGGCCGCGAUGGGCCAUUGUCUUCCAGGGUCUGAUCUGCCUGGACUUGGCCAGUCAUUACAUGCACAUGUACGCAACCCUGAGCAUGGGGGGCUCUGGUCAGAGCCACAAGAAAGUCGACUCCAGCCGGAGCUGGAUCCUGUAUCAGUACUACCACAGUCGGGUCGUCUUGUUCAUCUGCUGUGCCCUGAACGAAUUGUGCUUCAUUGGCCUCUACUUGCUCUCCUUCUCAUCCCCAAUUUUGUCGCCCUCGCUGCUCCAGCCGGUCGGUGAUGUUCAGGCGUCAUCCGCGCAACCCGGAAACCCUGCUCACCCUGUCCCCACAAGUCUUUUCGCGAGCCCCUGGAGUGCCGGUGCUCUUGAAAUGGCUCGCGCCAACAAGAUCGAUAGCUUCUGGCCUUGGGUUAUCACCGGCAUUUCCGCUCCCGUCAUGCUGUUUAAGCAAUUUGUCAACAUUGUCCAAAUGGUCAAUGCCAGCAAAUGGCUGGCCGAAGGUGAUCGCCUCAAUCGGCGUGCCAGCCGCAACAAAUAA